GGAGUCUCCGCCCCUCCUGAUUUCCUUCUGGCAGCCGGCGACAGAGCGGAGCUGAGCGUUUGCAGGCUGCUGAGCUGGCUAUUGCGCUUAGAUUCCAAAUGAAAAUGUUUGAGAAUGUUGACUCUACAGCCACAAGAUCUGGCCGGGAGCUCUGGGCUGAAAUCUGUUCCUGUCUGCCAAAUCCUGACCAAGAAGAUGGUGCCAACAAUGCCUUCUCAGACUCCUUUGUGGAUUCUUGUCCUGAAGGUGAAGGUGAGAGGGAGAUGGCAGACUAUGCUGUCCAACCAACUGUCAAGCCGUGGGCUCCGUUGCAGGAUUCAGAAGUGUAUUUAGCUUCUCUGGAGAAGAAACUGAGAAGAAUCAAAGGUUUAAAUCAGGAAGUGACUUCCAAGGACAUGCUUCGAACCCUAGCCCAAGCCAAGAAGGAAUGCUGGGAUCGGUUCCUCCAGGAGAAGUUAGCAUCAGAGUUCUUUGUGGAUGGACUUGAGUCUGAUGAGAGCACCUUGGAACAUUUCAAGAGGUGGCUUCAGCCGGAUAAAGUAGCCAUCAGCACAGAGGAGGUCCAGUAUCUGAUUCCUCCAGAGUCACAGGUUGAGAAGCCAGCGACUGGGGAUGAGCCAGCAGCUGGGGACGAGCCAGUGGCAGCAGAACAGUAAAUUACACACACGCACGCCGAGCAGCUGUCUCAGGUCCAGAGGGAACAGCAUAGAGCUUGGAGGCAGCAGCAAGGAGAAAUCCAGGGAGAGAAGAAGCCCAAACUUCCACUUCACAAAGAAAACAGCUGCAAGCCCCUGAGGGCUUACUCGGGGCUGGCAUGUGUGACUGUCUUGGAUGAAGUGGCUGACCCAGUCUGUGCUGGAUCAAAAUACUGCUUUCCUUCCUUUGUGUCUCAGAGCUUGGCUGAGCUCUGUUGCCACAGGUUAGAAGUCUGCUAAGGAUCUAGUGAAGGACCAAGUGUGAAAUUACUUAGAGAAACUGAGUCCCCUUGUGUGUAAUAUAUAAGUUAAGUGAGCCAUAUUUUUUCUUGCCUCUUCUAAGCAUUCAUGCCUGUGUCCCAAGCAUUCCCUUGGUAAAUUGCCAGGGGCGAGUGGGGCCAAGGAGAAUGGAAUCUGCCUUCUUGAAUCCAAGCCCCCAUCUGGGGCUUCUCUCACAAUUCUGUAGUAAAUAUAGGGCCUCUAGGGAAAGAGGCCAGGCUUCUCCUUUCUCUCAUUUGUUCCGUAAGGAGAAAAUGGGUGAAAGAAGUGUGAAGAUGUGGGUGUUUAUGUCUGUGUAUAUAUAAUUUUUAUUUUAUGCAUGGCUUCUCUCCCAACUUCCUCCUGCACUUAAAAAGGGCCAUGUUCCAAAUUAGACUUGUAAAUAUGGUGUUAGUGUUUGACACUGCUCCUGGAUAGUUCCACACUUGUUCCUUGUGUCAGCUUUCCUGGCUAAGCCCGAGUGUCCCUUCUUGUUUAUCAUGUUCUUGUUCAGUGUGUGUUGUCCGUAUAAAACUUUUCUCUCAUGCACCUACAAAGGUAGGAUUAAAUUUAAAAAAACAAAACAAAAAAACUUUUCUCAUCA